CUAGAGCGCAAACUACAACAGACUGCAGAGGCUGGGUCAAGCACAGACCGCUAUCUGAGAGAAACCGAUAAGGCUAAUGCUUUGCUGAAGCGUCAGUUAAGAGAGAGUGAGGAGGCCAGAAAAUGUCUUGAAACUCAAGUUCAACAGUUGGAGAAGACGUCUUGUUGUUAUAAGUGUAGUGCACCUCUUGGGUUAAUAAAUGAGAUGGAUUCCCCUGCGUUGGAAUCAACAGGGAAGAGGAGAGGUUCUACAUCUGUCCAGAGUGGUAGGAAUGCAUGUAGUCCUGCAUUGCAGCGGGUACGUAGCGGGUUACUACGUAUUGAUGAUGAUCUAAAUAAUUGUGUGAAAAAUAUCUCGCAGAUGGUGGCGGACGACAAGGAGUCAGAGAUUUAUAACCUUUUGUUGAGUUUGACUUCUGAAGAAUCACAGAGUGGAGAUGGUAGAGAAAUAGAAACACGUGUUUCUUCAGGGAAAAUGGUGCUUUCUACGGCGCGUGACUAUAAACGUGAGGUGCUGCGUAUGAGCAAGGCGUUAUCUCAGCGAGAUUAUGAGAGUCGAAUACUGGAGUCUAGACUUGAUGAUCUUCAUAGGGAGCUUUCUUCUAUUGAGGAGGCUAUUGCAGAACAACGGCAGGGAUAUGAACAGAAUUCACCAGAGGAUGUUCAAUUGCUGAAGGAGCUUCAGAAGAAACAAGAAGGUCUGGUGGAGAAACUUUCCAGUAUUCAACGAGAUUUGAUUGAAAUGCGUGAGUCACAGCAGCAGCGACAGCAGCAGUUCUUAAGAAGAUUGCAGCAGUAUUCACCUACGCUGGUGGAGGCGUAUAUGCAAAAGACAUUUGCCUCCGAAUGGUGGGAGACGGGUGCUCUCUCGGCAACGGUGGGUGCAGUUCUUACGUUUGGGCUGGGUUCACUCUUGUAUAAACAGUACGAACUUUGUUAG